AUGGAGCCGGUGACCACCGCCGUGCACCCGCUUGGCAGCUCCGAGGCGUCUAAUCGUAGCUGGUACUCACCCUCGAAGCGGCGCGCCGGCCUGGGUGCGAUGCGUCGCAACGAGCUGAUGAGCCGAACUGUUAACUUUACCGGAUUCGACAUGCAUACGUCUAGUGGUCUCUCAUUGGGGCCAAAUAGGACGAGCACCGUGUCAGAGAAGGACACCUCCACGAGCAGCGGCAGUAAGGGGUCCCCAGAAGACAGCGACAGCUUCAGUGACGCCUAUGAGAUGCCCACGCGCGCCUCUUUCGUGGACCAGCUGCUCGCUGUAGUAGCACGCUCGACACGGGAGCUCUGGCGGCGCAAGCUGGACCUGCUUUUAGAUAUCGCCGUGCCACUGAUCUUCAUCGCUGUGUCCAUUGCGUUGUGGGCCAUCUGGGGCACGCAGUACAACGAGGAGAUGACUUACGUUUCCACGAAUCUGGAGUCUGGCAACAUCGGUGCGGCCGGUCUUCGUGCACCGGCUACCUACGACUUCACGUGCAUGAGGCAGCCAGAAGGGACGCCAACGUUGGCUGAAUUCACACGCUGCAAGCCCAUGGACUACACCACCUGUGAUUCUGUCACGGGGGAGUGCAAGACACAGAGCAUCAUCACCUUUAUCUGCGAUGGCGACCCGAGCAUGCUUCCGCUGCCGGCGGAAUACGAGAUAUGCCGUGUAUCUUACGACUGGGAGGAACUCAUCACUGCAGGCUUAAGCUACUACUGGCGAUGGCUGUCAGCUGUCCCCACCCUCGACACGCUCAUUGGUCUCCAGUGGACGGCUCUGUCUGCGUACCGCUAUCUUCUGCCCUUCAUCGCGAAAACCAUGGCCGGGUUCGCCGCCAACACACGCUACAGUUCGAUUCUGUGCAGCGGCCAUCUAUACUUCGUAGGUGAGCGUGGCGUGACCUCGGAGCUGAUUGCGUACAUGAACAGGACCUCUGGGCUGUUUCAAUACGUGACGGACUUUCAGGUGUACAGCAGCGUCGCGGAGGCUCGCCGCGCUGGGAAGCGCCGUGGCCGUGUAUGGGCGAUCGUGGAGCUGCGACAGAUCGGCGAGGCGGGGCUGGAUCUUGUGCUGCACAUGAACAACUCCGCCCUGCCGUCGUUUGCGACCACGUACGACGAUGCGUACAGCGGCGGGGUGCUGUUCGACACGGCGGAGCUGUACAUGUUAUCCGGCUUCAACACGCUGCAGCAGCUGGUGUCGGAGUUCUACCUGAACACCUUCCACGACGCGCGGAUGAACAUGACGCAGAUGAUGGCGGCCACGGCCACUCCAGAGUACAACCGCGUGCCGCUGAUGGCGCAGGCGCGACAGGUACUACCGCUCAUCUUCUCCCUUGCCUUUCUGUACAGCGUGUCGCAGCAGACGAAGCGCAUCGUGCUGGAGAAAGAGCUGCGGAUCCGCGAGGCGAUGCUGAUCAUGGGGCUGAAGCAGUGGACGCUCUACGUGAGCGCGUUCAUUGUGCAGCUGGCGAUCUUUGUCCCGACGUGCGCGCUGUGCGUGGUGAUGCUGAAGCUGACAUACGUGACGAAGAGCGACCCGCUGAUUCUGUUCUUCAUCUUCUGCCUCUUCGCCCUCACGACGAUCCCGCUGUCCGGCAUGAUCGCUGCCUUCUUCAGCAAGUCGCGCCUGGCGUCGCUGGUGGCGCCGGUGGUGUACUUUAUCCUUGUGAUCCCGAUGUUCGCCAUGACCAACGCGCACGGCUUGAUCGUGACGUGGUUCUCCGUGUUUUCGCCGACGGGGUUUGCUGCGGCGCUGAACGUGUUCCUGCUGCACGAGUCUGGGAGCGGGUGCGGCGCGGCGGAGAUGAUGUCGAAUCGCGACAACCCGACGCUGGCGGUUGUGCUGGUGAUGCUGGCGGUGGACCUCUGCAUGUACUACGCGCUGAUGCUGUACCUGGACGCCGCUGUUCCGCAGGAGUGGGGCACACCGAAGCACCCGCUCUUCUUCAUCACGGAGCCGGUGCGGUGGUGCUGCGGGUCGAGCGCGCGCGUGCUGGAGGGCGGCGCCGACGGGCGCGCCGAGAACGGCGUGUUCGAGGAGACUGACUACUCGCAUGACUGUGUGUCAUUUCAGGGUAUUCGCAAGGAGUACUUGCGCGGCGGCAAGAGGUUCGUUGCGGUGAACAACCUGUACUGGGGGAUGCGCGAGGGCGAGAUCUCUGUGCUGCUGGGGCACAACGGCGCCGGCAAGACGACGGUGCUGAACAUGAUGACGGGGAUGGUCGAGCCGGACGCGGGCGACUGCUACGUCUACGGCAGCUCUGUGCGGACGGCAAAGGCGGACGUGCGGCAGCAGAUCGGGUACUGCCCGCAGCACAACAUUCUGUGGGGCGAGCUGACGUGCCGCGAGCACCUGGAGUUCUUUGGGCGGAUCAAGGGGUUGCGCGGGUGGGAGCUGGAGGACGCGAUGUGCCGGAUGUUGCACGAGACGGACUUGCUGGAGAAGAUGGACCAGCCCGCGAAGAGCCUGUCGGGCGGGCAGAAGCGGAAGCUGUCGAUCGCGGUCGCGUUUGUUGGCGGAAGUCGGGUGGUGUUCCUCGACGAGCCGACUGCAGGGCUGGACGUUGGCGCUCGGCGGCAGACGUGGGAGCUACUGAAGCGCAUGUCGCAUUCACGCACGCUCCUGUUGACGACGCACUACAUGGACGAGGCGGACCUGCUGGGGCAGCGAAUCGGGAUCAUGAGCCACGGGCGGCUGAAGUGCAGCGGCAGCAGCUUUUUCCUGAAGUCGCGGCUGGGCGUCGGCUACAACAUCGUCAUCUCCGUCGACCCCGAGCUAGAUCUCGAUGCUGUGGAUGACGUGGUGCUUGGAACGGUGGAUGGCGCGGAGCUGCUUAGGCGGAACGGGUGUGAGGUGUCGUACCAGCUGCCUGUGCAGAGCGUGAGCCAGUUCCCUUCGCUGCUGAACGAGAUUGACUCCGUGGAGGCGGACGGCAUCCGCGGCUACUCGCUGGCUGCGACGACGCUGGAGGAGGUGUUCCUGAAGGUGUCGGAGGAGGACAUCUUGGGCCGCAGCGAGGCUGCAGCGCAGGAGGGCGUGGAGCUAAUCUGGAACUGCGAGGUGGCGCCGUCAGCGCUAUGGCUGCAGUUCCGUGCGAUGAUCGUGAAGCGCUUCUGGAGCGCGCUGCGGGACCGCAAGAUGCAGUGCUUCCAGAUUGUGUGCCCGGUUGUGUGCAUCCUGAUUGCUAUGCUGCUGAACCUCGUGCAGUACCGAGAUCCUCAGUCGCUGACGUACAACUACUCGAUGUUCGCGAACCGGCCGACGUCAGUGCUGGACACAUCGUUCUGCGACGUUAUGUGGGGUGGGGCGCCGACGGGCGCGGUGGACUACGAGGUAAACGAGACUCACUUGACGGGUGCGCAGGCGCUGUCGGACUACCUGCUGGAUACAUGGUACGUGCACGACAUGCCGCGCUACGGCGCCGUGUCGUGCAUUGAUCGGAACGUGACGGCGCUGCUGAGAUUUGCGGAUGAGUGGCGCGGUACCAACGUGAACGUGUUCCUGUACAACUCCUCCUCGCACCACCAGGCUGGGCUGAGCCUCGCAACGUACUACGACCUGUUCAUCAAGUCCUUCCUCGGCCGCGACAGCGCGUUCAUGCGGUACGAGGCGGAGCUGUUCAACGAGCCUGCCAGCCAGUCGCAGCUGGGCUUCAUCUUCAUUGGCGCCCUGGUGAUGAUCCCGCUCACGUUCCUGCCAUCGAACCCUGUUGCGUGGGUGGUGAAGGAGCGGCAGUGCGGGUCGCGGCACCUGCAGGACCUGUGCGGGCUGAGCUUCCUCGUCUACUGGGCGGCCAACUAUACAUUCGACAUGGCGGCCUAUUCUGUCACGACGCUGCUGUGCAUCCUCAUCUUCUGUAUCUUCAACCGGCAGGAUUUCGUCGGUCCUGACCGCGUUGGCGGCACGUUUGUGUUGCUCAUGGUCUACGGGCUCACGAGCACCGCUGGCGCGUACGCGCUGAGCUUCCUGUUCAAGGAACACUCGUCUGCGCAGACGAUCGUGAUGGGUGUCGGCUUUGUUGCCGGGUUCCUUCUGUUGAUGCUGGUGUACGUGCUGACGCUGGAUCCGAGCAACGUGGACACAUCAGACAAGAUGCGGUGGGGAUUCCGGUUGAUCCCGUCGUACUGCAUCGGCGAGGGGCUAAUCGGGCUGCUGAUGCUGGAUAGCAAGCUGGCCAUGGGCACUGCAACCAGUGUUUGGGACAUGGACCAGCUUGGGUGGCCGCUGCUGUACAUGGCCGUGGAGUUCCCUGCGUUCUGGCUGAUUGUUCUGUUCGUGGACUACCCGGCGGUGAGCCGGUGCGUGCAGCGGCUGCACUACAACCGCGACGCGGAGCCGAUCAUCCCGAGCGACGAGGACUCGGACGUGGAGGACGAGCGCGAGGCUGUGUACGAGGCGGCGCAGAUGGGCGACACGACGAGCGACGUUGUGCGAGUGGUGAACCUGCAGAAGCGGUACGGGAACGGUAACAUUGCUGUGAAGGGUAUCACAUUCUCCAUCUUCCCUGGGGAGGUGUUCGGCUUCCUCGGCACGAACGGUGCUGGUAAGACGACGACGAUUUCGAUGCUGUGCCAGCAGUUCCUGCCGACGGGCGGCAGCGCGUACGUGUGCGGGUACGACAUCGUUGAGCAGAGCAAGGAGGCGCUGCAGUGCAUCGGGUACUGCCCGCAGUUCGACGCGACGCUGGACCUGCUGACGGUGGAGGAGCAGCUGGAGCUGUACGCUGGGAUCCGCGGGAUCGUGCGCGCGGAGUGGCCCGCGCUCGUGGACGCGCUGUGCACGCUGUGCGAGCUGACGAUGUACCGCAAGACGGUGACGAGUGCGCUGUCCGGUGGCAACCGGCGCAAGCUGUCUGUGGCGAUGGCGCUGGUGGGCGGUCCGCAGGUGGUCUUCCUGGACGAGCCGUCGGCCGGCAUGGACCCUGUGGCGCGGCGCGGGAUGUGGACUGCGAUCCAGCGCGCCGCAGGGUACUGCUCCGUUGUGCUGACGACGCACCACCUGGAGGAGGUGGAGGCGCUUGCGGACAUUGUGGCGAUCAUGGUGCGCGGGUACGUGCGGUGUGUCGGCGACAAGGUACACCUGAAGAACAAGUUCGGCAGCGCCUUCGAGGUGAGCGUGCGGCUGGCGUCGGCGCAGCACGCGGAGCGCUUUGCGUCGUUCAUGCAGGCGGCGUUCCCCGACGCUGUGCGGAACGAAGGCGAGGGUCGGCGGUUCGUGUACCAGCUGCCGCGCGAUCGCGGCUUCGGUGACGUGUUCCAGACGUUCCAGGCGAACAAGGAGCAGCUGCACAUCACGGACUACAGCGUGUCGCAGACGUCCAUUGAGCAAAUCUUUAUGAAGGUUCGGGGACUUGCGGUGAAUCUACGCUAG